AUGGAGCCUCUUACCACCCUUGACCCGGACCGAUACUCCAACGUGCUGGGGCUAAAGUUUAAGGGGGCAAACAUAUCUGGUAAUAUCUGGAUUUUUGUUGAAGAUGGGACUGACUUUGAUAUUGUAGAAAAUUUGGAUCAAGUCUUGCACGGCAGGGUAACCUCGCACCGCAUUGCGCAUCCUAUAUAUAUCUCGGCGGUUUACGCCAAGUGCACUAGAAUGGAACGACACCCUCUGUGGGAUAAAAUGAGGGAGAUCUCAAAUUGUGUGAAUGGCACGCCUUGGCUGAUUGGAGGGGACUUUAACACGAUCCUCUCCCAUGAAGACAGGAUCGGUAGUGAGACGAAUAGGCAGAAUGAGAUGAUUGACUUUGCUGAAGCCAUUGAAGAUUGUAGACUCCUUGACCCGGGGACUGAUGGUGCGGAGUUCACAUGGGCGAAGAAUGGGCUGUUUGAAAGACUGGAUAGGGCAUUCGUUAGUGAAGCUUGGUCUAGCACGUUUGAGGCAACUCGGGUGACUAACCUCCCAAGAGUCUCCUCGGAUCAUGGGCCGAUCUUAGCUAGAUGCAAGAUGCAAGAUGCCAAGGACUACGAUAGGGGGUAG